GAUUGUUGUCAGUGUGUUGCUGUGACCGGUCACGAAGUCAGACAACCACAAUGCUGACAAGAUUAGCAUGUUUAAUGAUGCUGUUCAUUGGGUUGAUGGCAGCACUGACAUCAGCCUCUACAGCUGAAGUUACCCCAGGAGCUCCUGACCGUGCCAGACUGUUGGCCAGCAAGAUCGUUCAUAACCUCUACCUUGUUGAAGGAUCUGAUAUCAUUGUGCAUUACUCACUCUACAACAUCGGCACAGCUCCUGCUCUCAACGUUCAGCUCACUGAUCCCAGUUUUAACUCAGAUAGCUUUGAAAUCGCGGCCGGCCAACUGCAGGUGAAGUUUGAGCGCAUCGCUCCCAGCGCCAACGUGUCACACACCGUGGUGGUCAGACCUAAGCAGUUUGGCUACUACAACUUCACAGCUGCCGAGGUUUCCUACCUACCAUCAGAAGACUCCAAGGACGUCCAGAUUGGCUACACAUCUGAGCCUGGCGAGGGAGCCAUCAUUCCCAAGAGGGACUUUGACCGCAAGUUCUCCCCUCACCAUUUUGACUGGGUCAUCUUUGCUUUGAUGCUUGUGCCAACGCUCGUUGUGCCUUUCCUUAUGUGGCGCAACAUCAGCAGCAAGUACGAGAUCUCUGCAAAGGCCAAGGGGGCAAAGAAGUACUAGGUUGUUUCUUAAGUGCUAAUAUUUUUUACAAACGUUUAUAAAGUGACUCAAAAAAUAUGAUGAAGUCCAUGCUCCUGAAAUGCACCCAGAAAUGGUGGUAUUGAACGCGAUUCAAUUUCCUUUACACUCACUCUCUCUUGUAUAAUCUCAUCCAUAGGCGAUUGAAAUCCACAAUUGCUAGUCAAAUUAAUGUUUUUCGUUGUGAAGUAUGUCAAAAUUUGGCCUUUUGGUGUUCAGCAUUCUCCACAAGCCAUACAUUAAAAUAAUCCCACAUAUGCUGUAACAAAAUUUAUAACUCGCAUUGUUCAUUGUUUUGUAUGCCUGAUCCUGACUACAACUCUAAGAACUUAAAAAUUCAAUUUAUUGUGAAGAUAUUUGUAGUGAAUUUUGUUCUUCAUUCUAACGUGGCUCGUAUCCAUUGCAAAAAUGAAUGGAAAGGCUGUAUAAAUGUUGGUGUAGAUGUAUUUGUCAUUGCUCAUUGCUGUCCACCGUAUCUGCACUUUCAAUUCAUCUUAUUCUGAUUUGAAACGAAAUAUGAUCCAAGCAUUUGUUGUCGGUGUGUGCUAGCCAUUAACUUAUUUGUCUGAACCGUUUUCGGAUAAGUGCGUGUGUGCAGUGAAGUAAAUUGUUACGUUUA